AUGCCGCCAAGGAAAGGUGUCGCCGCGUCUUCUGUGUACGGCAUGCCCCACGAGCGGCAGGUGGAGCUUUUGUCGGAGGCGCUUCUGCGGGAGUACAUGCAUAAGCGAAAGUUCACCGAGACGCUGCAGACGUUUGACACGGAGCAUCCCCGCGACGCGGACACCAUCGCCUCACGGGCGCUUAUGUCAGACAUGAUGGCACUCGACCCCGAGACGCAGCGAAGAUUGAAGGGCGAGGGAAUUGAGACGAUCAUGGAGAUGCUCUGCCUCCUGCGCGUGCAGCGGCGGCUUGAGCUAGAGGAGCUGAAGCAGCGGGCCUCGCUUGAGGUGCCACAGAUGCCUGAGAAGCCGAGAAGGCACAAGAAGGAGAAAAAAAAGACGUCAGAGAAGCCGUCUCCCGAGGAUGCGUUGGUUGAGAAGCGGUUGACACGACGACGAGGUGGCGGCAGCAAGGGGCAGCGGCGUGCGACGAGCAGCCCUGGCAGCAGCAGCGGCAACAGCAGUAGUCGCAAUAGCCGUGCAAGCAGUAGUGGAGAGGGCGACAACGACAGUGGCCGUGGCAAUGGCAGGGGCAGUCGUGAGAGGGGUGGCAACAUCGACUUUAGUAGCGAAAGUGAGUCAGUGGGCGAGCAAGUGCGGCAGAGUGGGUGGGUGGCGGAGGAAACGGGGACCACCCUGGGUAAAGAGGCUGCCCGCUCAAUCAUGGAGCUGAUAUGCGGUGGAAAUCCGCUUCCCUCAUCGCUUGUCGAGCUUGGCUUCGUAUUCGGGGAGGAGGUGGACUACGGCCUUCUCCAGGAGCAUCGAGGUCCGGAGGGCGUAUUGGCCGUGGUCCAGGCCUUUAUUUGUGCAUACUUUUUCCGAGGCGGGUACAUCGAUGUUCAGCGGCAUCAGCAGCAGUGUCUUCAGAAGGCCCUUGCAGCGCUGCUUUUCGUCGCCCAACCCAACCCACGUCGGGUUUGUCUCGUGGAUGGCUUGGUGACGAUGACGUCUGCCGAGGCGGACACGGCGCGGUCGCGCGUGCGGCGGAACUUUGCUACCAGGCAGCAGGUUGAGGACUCUCUUCUGCCCCUCUUGGAGGCCUGGACGCGGCCCGGGGGCUCAGGCGUCUUUUGCUUCCUCCUCUCCGUGCUGCUGUCGCGUGGACUCAAGCGCGUCUCCUCCGCCGUGGGGCGCGCCACGGCGUUGAUUGACCGUGAAGGGCGCUGCUCGACGAGCCUGACGAGGCUGCUGCUGCUUGGGGAGGCAGACGCCGCCGCCGCCGCCCCCGAGGACCUGCUGGGAAGCCUGUUGCUGGACGAGAGCAAAGGGCGACUGAGCUGCGGCUACGUCUCAAGCGGUCCCGACGACACCGCGUUGGACGAAGAGGGGGCGAAGACCCCGCAGCACCCCGUUUGGGUUGUGCACCACAAGGGCCGUUUUGUGGUUCUCUUCCUAAAGAAGGACGAUCGCGCGCAGUUCGAGCAGCGGAAGGAGCUGGGACUGGCCGCCGCCUCGGACCUUUUUUUCUACGAGCCCUCUGCAGCUCCUCGAGGCGAGGCGUUUCUCACCGUUUCUGUCAACCCCGCGGCUGGCACGGGGCAAGUGAAGGAGCGGGCGCCCUCGUUUCUCCACGACGCCGUCUGCAAGAUUCCCCCCUGGCGCGACGGAGACAUCGACUGGAACGGCUUUGAGCCCGCGUUCUGA